CUUAGCACUUAGCACUUAUCAAGGCCCAAUCAUGGCCAAGCCCACAACGGCCUCCAGCGUGUCCAACGUCUCGAACAACAACAGCGCGGAGGCGGCCAACAACAACAGCCAGCAGAAUGGGGGGGCCUAUCAGGCACUGCCCGAGAGCCCGGUACCGGCCCCGGCCAACACUCCCCUGAACCGUGCCAUCAAGCACGACCUGUUCCCGGAGGUGACGUUCUGCAAUCUGUCGGCGGAGGAGCUGGCCGAUGGGGCCGGGCACAGCCGCGUGGUGCGGACCAGCAUCAUAGCGAUCGACGGCGAGGGAAACCUCACCUGCCUGAUGAACAGUAGCCAGGUUAAGAAGCGCAAGCGGCUGAUAUCGAACGAGUCGGGCGACUCGAUAGACUCCGGCUCGACGGAGAAGAAGGCCCCGAAGAUGCCCGACGGAGGCUACGGCUGGGUGGUAGUGUUCGCCUCCCUGGUGGUCUCCCUCAUAGCGGAUGGACUGUCCUUCUCCUUUGGCCUGAUCAACGCGGAACUGCUCGAGUACUUCGGGCAGUCCACCUCGAAGACGGCCUGGAUCUCGUCGCUGUUUUUCUCCGUUCCGCUGCUAAUGGGGCCCAUCUGGUCGAAUCUGGUGGACAAGUACGGGUGCCGCAAGAUGACCAUCAUUGGGGGGCUGGUGUCCGCCGUGGGGUUCGCCAUGUCCUCCUUCUGCAACUCCAUCGAGAUGCUGAUGGUGACGUUUGGGAUUAUUUCGGGCCUGGGACUGGGCAUCGGCUACGUCACCGCCGUGGUGUCCAUUGCCUUCUGGUUCGACAAGAAGCGGACCUUUGCCACCGGCAUCGGAGCCUCGGGAACGGGCAUUGGCACCUUUGUGUACGCCCGCCUCACCUCGUACCUCAUCGAGUCGUACGGGUGGCGCGGAGCCACCCUCAUCCUGGGGGGCACCAUGCUGAACGCCUGUGUCUGCGGCGCCCUGAUGCGGGACCCCGACUGGCUGAUAGAGGAGAACCGCCUGGAGAGCCGCUCGCAAAGCGUGACCACCUUCUCCAACUCGAGCGUAUGCCUGGAGGAGAUCAAGAAGCUGCUGGACACGGGCAUCACCAAGGAGGCUGUCCUGGACAGCCUUGUGACGAAGAACAACACGGAGGCCAACCAGCAAAUCGACGAUCCCCUGGACACGGGCCUCAAACGCUAUCGCAGCGAGAUCUUUCUGCCGACUUUCCUGAGCAUCCAGGAGCUGGACAGCAUCUGUGAGGUGAAGAGCCUGAGUCGGCGUUCCCUCAGGCACAAGGAGGGGGUGGAAGCUCCGUCGCGGGAGAAUCUGCUGUCCAUGUCGUCGGGAGCGGGGGGAUAUCCUCCGUCGACGGCCAUCAUUGGCUCGCCGGACGAUACACUCAUGGGCGGAAUAGCACAGGAGGCCAUGGAAGCGGCCAAGAAAAGCUAUCUGGCCUCCAUCGAGACCCUGUCGCCGUCGGAGAAGCGCUCGAGCCCCGUCGGGUCGAUACGAUCCUCGGACGAGGGAUACCUCACCCAGAAGCACGCCAGCUCCCGGUACUCGCUCAACGAAAAUCUCUUCAUGGCCAAGCACACGACGCCGUCGAUCUCCAACCUGAAGGUGAAUGGUCUGCGCCACAACUCGGUGGACAUCCUCAGCGAGGAUAUGCACUGCUACUACAAGGACGAGACAUUCGCCCUCCUGGAUCACGGCCGCCGCCCCGGCCCCACUGUGAUAGCCAUGCCGGAUCGCGAACAGCCAACGGCCAACAGUGAGGUGGCUCUGCGCCGCGCUCGCCUCGACAGCAUCACGGGCAUCCGCCGGCUGUCCAGGUCGAAGAAGCCCAGCCAGCACCGCUCGAAUCUGCGCCGAAACAUUUCGAUACGCAACUCCAACUUCCUCAAGGACAUGCGGAUCCACCGCAACUCCAUACACUACCGCGGCGCCAUGCUCAACACGCACCGGUACCGGCUGCGGGCCUCCUCCUGCCCCAACAUCUACCGCAACUCGAUGACCACCAUCGCCAAGGAAGAAGAAGAUACCUGGUACGAAAGCUUUGUGGACACGAUGAAGUCCAUUUUUGAUUUCUCAAUGUUUCUCGACCUGAAGUUCGCCCUGUUCAACCUCUCGACACUGUUUCUGUUCAUUUGGUUCAUUAUACCCUAUCUGUAUCUACCGGACUACAUGAAGCAAUAUAACUACGAGGUGAAUGUAAGUGCCGUUCUGAUAUCGGCAGUUGGCAUCGCGCAAACGGUGGGCAUGAUAGGACUGGGCUAUGUGGGCGACCAGCCCUGGAUGAACAUCAACAUAUGCUACUCCCUCUGCAUGCUGGUGUGCGGAGCCUCUGUGUUCUGCAUGCCCAUGCUAAUGACCAGCUACAAUGGACUGAUGGCAAUGUGCGUAAUCUUCGGCUUUACGUUCGCCAGCUCGUUUUCGUUUACGCCCAGUAUACUGGUCAGUAUUGUGGAUUUGGACGAUUUCACGUGUGCGUACGGUCUGGUGCUGCUGGUGCAGGGUGUGGGCAUGAUCGCAGGCCCCCCAAUAGCAGGUCUCAUAUACGAGUCCGUGGGAAGAUGGGACGACUCCUUCUACUAUGCGGGCAUAUUUAUAGCACUCUCCGGCGUCUGCUCGUAUAUGAUCGAGUUCUGCGAGAAGAAAGCACCUAAGGAGAGUGAUAGUGAUGUCUCAGAGACUAAAAAAGCUCAACUUUUACACUAGAUUCAUAAAUAGACAUGAACCGAAGGCGGACUGGACCUGGAACUGAACCUAGACCUGGGCCUGGACCUGGACUGCUGAGAAGGUACUUCAAAUCUGAUAAGCUGUAGCCUAAAAAAAAAGCAUUAGCAUUAAAUGUUAUCGAGUUUCUUAUGUCAAAUGGUCUUGCAGCCAUAAAAUCCGAGCAGAAUUGUAACUGAAACUAAGCCUAUUCGAUAAGAUUGUCUAGCAUGUAAGCCCAAUAAUUGACUUGAGAAAUAGUUAUAGCUAUACACCAUACCAUACCUUGCGUACAUACUAUAUAGAUAUAUACACCUUAUAUAUACAUAAAUCUUUAGCUGCACUAGGGCAACUACUAAUCAGCAAGUUGUAAUCCUCAUCUAGACAAAAUGUUCAAUUUUCAAUCAAUAUCAAUGCAGUGCAUCACUGCCAGGUGCAAACGGGUCCCCCUCAAUUGUCUUCUUUAUAAAGGUAAAACUGAAAAAUAUACCUACAUAUUGCCUAGAUUUAAUGGCCUUAAUUUUCGUACGAACACCGUAAAGGAACACUCAAUAAACAACAACCAAUCUAUACAUAAGGAACGUAUGCAAUAACAAAGGACAAGCGACCAUUUUUCGAUCGAUCUUUCGAGUCCUUGGCCGCAUUUGUCUUUAAACUAACAUUCAAUCUUGAAGUCAAUCAAGAAUAAACAGUACACACACACAUCUAUUGCACGGCUCCAAAAAGAUUUCAGCAAAGGAGCAAAUAGGUCCGAAUACCCGCUCUUGCAGUAAGGAAACGUUUUUCUACCAUUAGGAUAGAAUACCAUUAUUGAAUGUUUGCAAAAUUAUAAAGCUCAACACAACACAAACGAGUGGAGUCGAGAAGGGAAGGUCUUGCUUGGAAAUGCAGAUGAAUAUAGAGUUCAAGUAUUAUUGAAAAAUACAUAUUUAUAGAUAUGGAGAUAAAAAGAAAACUCACCCGAGAAGCACACUGAAAGCUAGCUAGUUUUGUUCAAACCUAGGCACACUUCACACGUUAGAGAGUAAAAGGCAGACCAGGACCUAUACUGUAGCGUAGUUAUUGUUGUUUUCGAACUCUAGAAAAUAUGUACAUACUCACACACAGACACACACACACACACACACACACACACACACACACACACACACAUAACACAUAAGUAAAUUACAAUUAUAAAAUAUUUACAAGAAAUAAACAAUUAUCUAAUGAUCCAUAUUAACGAAAAUACAUACAUACAAUUUUUGAAACGAGA